GACAUUAAAGGGAAAAAGUAAAGUUAAAGUUGAGCUAAAGUUCUUCCUUAAGAAAAGGAUGUUUUCUUCCCUUCAAAACCAAGUCACCAGACUUAGAUUUGGACGACCCGGCUGGCGCUGCAGAAGUUCCUGUCGUAUCUGGAAGGCAGGGUGGGGAAACCACAAGCUGGAACAAGAUUUUUUCUCAUUUCAUAACAAAGUGGUCAUAUAUUUGGGUGUGGCUGAAACUUGUCUUCUGUAUCUUGCUAAUAGAACAGAGCCUGACCCAUUAAAAAAAUUAGAGUUCUUUUCUUUUAUUUAGUUGAAAAUGCAGCUUAACUAAACUUUUUUUCUCUUUAAUGUCAUUUUUUGAAGGAUCAGUUGAACAAAGAAAGGUUGUGGUAGCUGUUCUGGUUUAUCUUCUUGCACUUUCCUUGUUAUCUCUAUGAAAAAACCCAAACCAAACGGACUGAAGCUAGUUCCUCUUUCAGAUGAUCUGUUUAGGAAACACCUGCUAACACACCCAAAGGUCCCGGGAUGGAGACCCUGAAGGAGAUCUAAGGUUUUCCAUGAAGAGGGAAUCCGGUUAGAACCACCAAAGGGAUCCAGAACCCAAGUGGAGCCUGGAAGUUCUCUCUAAAGAGGCGACCAGAGGAGGAUCAGGCUAUUCUUCUCCUGGAGGUGUAAAGUGAGAGCGCUCAGUGGACCAUAGCAGACUGCUGCACACAUUCAUCACAUGGGUGAGUUUGGUAUGUAAAGCAGCAGGGGUUCCUGUGUGACUGCGGUGGGGUUUCUUUUAGAUCAGGAGGACGAAGCUGCGGAGAACAUCGACAGACAUGGGCACGACCAAUUCCCGUCCGAAGCUUUACCCAGGAGACAUCGUGGAAUAUCCCAGGAACAAAUACUUUUCCCACUUUGGGAUAUACUUUGGGGAGAGGGACGGUGUUCCCUAUGUGGCUCACCUGACAAGCAGAGAUGCUGACACAAAGAUCCCGCUGUACGGCCGAGCUCUGAGGUCAGAGAUCAAACUGGACCCUCUAGAGAUGCUGGGGACGAAAUACAAGGUCAACAACAUGCUGGACGGCACACACUCCCCCAGAGACUUCCACUCCGUGGUGAAGCCGGCCAUCGAGGACAUGAUGGGCCGAGAGGUGACCUUUGACAUCCUGUUUCACAACAGCGAGCACCAGGCGACGCUGUUCCGAUACGGAGUGAAGAGAUCUCAGCAGAUUGAGAUAAUCUAUGAGUACAUCAUGCCGUCCUGGGAGAAGCUGUUCCAGGAGAAGAAGCUGUGAGGGAAGCUGUUCUCCCAGAUCGCCACCAGAGGGAGCCCUCAUCCUGCUUCUCCUACAGACUGAGUUUUACGGGAAAAAUUGAUAUUUAUAUCUAAAACUAAUGCGUUUGCAGUGAUUUUAUGAAUUUAGCUUUAAUCAGUUAAAAAAAUAAAAAUAAUUUUCGUCAUGAUCACCGAGUCAAAAAGCGGCAAUUUUUGCCCAAAU